UCGCCGACGACCUUUGUACCAUUUAUUUACAAAUAAUCACAGACAGAUUUCAACAAUCAACAAUUUUCAUUUAAAAAAGUUUUGGAUUAGCUUUUUUAUCAGCUAUUUAUCGAUUUUUUGGUUAUUUACUCAGCAUCUUGCGUUAAAUUUGUCUUGGCGACGUAAUUUGGAGCGUAAACACUGUAAGAGUAAUGUCAUUAGUAUCUGGUCGCUUGCUGAAUCAUUUACAGGAAUUUCAAUUAUUUCUUCGUAGUCGUCGUCAAAUUACACGAUUGAUUGAAGAAUUUGUUGCACAAAGGCAACAACAACGUUUGAGACAAAGAUUUACUUUUGGAUCGAAACAACGAAGCUUCUCAGCGAGAAAUUACAUUUUGAUCCAAUCAUUCCUUGGAAUAUCGUUUGGUAGUAAGACUGAAGCAGAAACUAAAGAGACUACACGAAAAAAAAUGUCUGAUGAAAAGAAAUUGGAUGAAGUAAUUUUGCAUGCCGAUCAACUUUUUGACGAAAAUAAUUUUACCGAAACUGUCGAAGUUUUGAAAAGCUAUUCCGUACAAGACACUUAUGAGAUUCAAUGGCGUCUUGCGCGAGCAGUUUACUCCUUAUCCAAAUCCGAAGACGCCAAGAAAAAAGAGCUCGUUGACGAAGCAUUUAACUACGCCAAACGUGCUUUGGAGCUAAAUGACAAUCAUUUUGCCGCUCACAAAUGGUAUGCUGUGCUCUUGGAUACGAAAAGCGGUUUAGAAGGCACGAAACAACGCGUGCAACAACUCGAAAACUUCCAAAAACAUCUUCAAAAGGCUCUGGAAUUAAAUCCGCAGGAUGCAACAACUUGGUAUAUUUUAGGCGAAUUUUAUUACGGUCUUGCCGAUCUUAAUUGGAUGACACGAAAAGUUGUUCAAGUUGUUUUUGCAAAUCCGCCGUCAGCUACAUUCGAACAGGCUUUGGAGUGUUAUGAAAAGGCAGAAAGUAUCAGCCCAGAUUUUUAUUCGUUGAACAAAUUGUCGCUCGGAAAGACAUAUUUGCAAUUGAAUAAUAAGGAAAAGGCGAAAGAGUUUCUCACAAAGGCUUCCAAUGUUGAUGUUGCGAAUGAAGAUGACAAAAAGUGCAAGGAAGAAGCAACCAAAUUAUUGAAAAAAUGCUAAAACGCCAUAAAUGAGACGCAAAAAGUGCAUUUAACAUGAAAUUUGAUCGAUUUUUGAAAUUUACAUAUAUUUUUUUUCUAUCUAUUAAAAUAAUAAAAGCGAUAGAUAACGAGCUUCAA